AUGAUUUUUGGUAUAUUAAAUUUGCUCGUUGUAAAUAUAAUAACAUUAUGUCACGGCUACAUCCACCUCGCCUCCAUGAAGAUUUACCAACACGAUACAAACAAAACUAAUUCUUUGUUUGGCUACAGCAUUGCUUACCAAUCAGGGAUUCAAAGAUUGAUUAUCUCGUCACCACUUGAAAACGAGAAUGGACAAGUUUUUACAUUGUCCUUGAAUUCUUCAAAAAUUGAAACUGUUACACUGGACCCAAAAUUUCUACCACGAAGAGAAAAUUUUGACUCCAUGGGUUGGAGUAUAGACGUAGCGAACUCUGGUCAAGUCUUAAUAGGUUCACCAGCAAUGUUGACAGGUCGUGUGGUGUUAUAUGAAAAUCCUUACAGCAAAGACUUCCCUAAACUCAUAUAUAAGAUGAAUCAAGAAAACAUAGCUCGUCACAAUUACGGUUACAGCUUAGCAAUAGCAGAAUUUUUUGAUCAAAGCACAGUCUACGCAGUCAGUUCUACGUUUGGAUUUGGAAAGGUUUAUUUUUUUGACACGAAGCUACAAAAUAUAGCUAUUAUCAAAGAUAUAGAAAUUGGUUCGAUUUUCGGAGCAGCUCUGUGUCCAGUUCGUCUAGGAACAAAAGCCUUGUUAGUAGGAGCUCCGGCGUAUUUCGAUAAAACUUAUAACUAUGAUGUGGGAGCUGUAUACGUUUAUUUGGAUCAAACAGAAGAAGGUUCGAAGAAAAUGCUUCUGAAACGAAAAAUCAAAGGUUUAUCUUAUGGAGGCUACUUUGGUCACGCUAUUGCUAGUCUUGGUGAUAUAGAUGGAGAUAAUAAAGAUGAGAUUGUCAUAGCAGCACCUUUUGAAGACGGAAUCGGGGCAGUGUACUUCUUCUCUGGUGCUGGUGUUUUGGAUGGAUUAUCUCAACCGAGAAAAAUUCAACCCGAGGGUUUCCAAUCCUUUGGAUUCAGCUUAACUAUAUUGGAAGACUUGGAUGGGAAUGGUUGUAAAGAACUAGCGGUAGGAUCUCCCAGAGACAACAAAGUGGUUAUUUUUAAAACUAUCGCAUUUAUUAAAGUAAUACUGAAAGCAGAUUUAAAUCAAGAGAGUGACAAAGAAUUUGUAUUGACGACAUGUAUCGAUGGAGUUUAUCCUUUAAAACCAGAAAAUAUAACUGCAGAUAUAGCAAUUGAAAUGAAGUUAAAAAAUGCAGUGUUCACAACAGUGUCCUCAAAUGGUCUUUAUCAAUACGAGGUUUCCAUGGCCGAAAAGAGAAAGCAUUGUAGAAACUUCACACUCCAAGUGCAUGAGGAUGCUGAAAAAGGUUUUGAUUACGAAAUAAUGUCAUAUGAAGUAACUGCAUCUUUAAAAGAAGGUCCAGAAGAGAUGCUCGAAUUUGAUCCAUCAAGAGUUCUUCUGAGUGAUGAAAGUAUUUUAAAACAACAAGGACAAAAGUGGAAAGAUGAUACCUCGUUGCAAGAACCGCAGCUUCACCUCAAUAUAUCCACUUCAAUGACACAACCGUAUAUGAUUGGUUCUUCGUACCAAGAAACGUUUAUAUUGUCAGUAUUAAACGAAGGUGGUGCAGCACAGGCGGCUUGUAUGCAUCUGGAAGUAGAAGGAGCGAGAGUUAUAGCACACCCAUCUUCGUGUAGACGUGAGCUGGACAUUUUAAUCUGCAGACACAACCACGUCAUAAACACCAAUGAGUUUUGGAUAAAUGAAAUUCUAAUAGAAACAGAUUAUUUGACAAGUAUUCAUGACGUUCUUACGAUCCGUUGUGAUUUAUAUCCACAAUGUGGCGGUAAAAAUGUAUCAAGUUUCCAAGAAAUUAUUGAACUGAAACCUUACAACCACAUGGUUGUAAUUAAAGGCCAAUCCAAUCCCGAUGAAAAGUUACCAAUUACUCUUGAUGAUCUACAUACGGGCAAAUCAUUUGAUCAUGUAUAUACGAUUUACAACUACGGCCUCACCAACUGGGUGGGAGUGCAAAGUGAGAUCGUUUUACAAAAUUCUCCAUUCAUCGACUACUCAGAUGCACCAAUAAAGGUUUACGCAUACACAUCUUUAAUCGAAUGUGAAAUUGGCAAUAAAAACCGAUCUGAAGAAAAAAUUAGAGUGUUAUGCAAAAUCGGUGACUUGGGAAAACAAGAAAAAGUGGUUGUCGUUGUUGCCAUGAAAAUUGCAAAGAAUACUUUAGAAUUCGACAGUGAAGAUCAGAAUAUCACAGUCACCUCGUCUAUGGAAGUGCUGCUUCGGGACGGAAACAAAUUUUUAAGAAAAGCUAAAAUCAUAUGUGAAUAUGAGGGUGCCGAAAUCUUGGUACUAACUUCGGAAUACGACAUCAUCCAAGCCCAUGAAAUGUUUAAACAGUAUCCUGACCUUGACAAUUACGCCUGGGUAGCAGGUGAUGGUAAACAACACGAUUCUGCCGAGGUGAAACCAAUCAUUGACUUGGACUACUUAUACUUAGGGGAAGCACAAGAAAAUGUAAAGGUUGACGAAUGUGAUGUCAUCCAAAGAGAUGGGAAGGUAGACAGCUGCAAUUGUUACCGACAAUUGCCUUUUAUCUGUAAAGUUGAAGCCAAGAACGCUUUCUAUGAUCCUCACUGUAAGGUCUUUGGUAAAGGUUACCAAUAUUUUGAAAGUGUGGGCAGUUGUUACAAAGUACCUAAGAUAUCUUAUUCCUGGAAUCAAGCGUAUGCAGAUUGCCAGUCGCAAGGAGCUCACUUGGCAGUGUUGAACUCUGAAGCUGAACAUAGCGUUGUUCAACAUCAAAUUUUGAAUAACAUUGAAGACUCUCUUGCUACUGUAUAUCACCCAAAAACCACGUGGUUUUUUAUCGCUGGUAUAAGAGCACAAAAAGUAACCGAUGGAUCUGAACUAGUUUUUCAGACUAUUUUUAAUCAGACUUUAGAAGAGGCUGGCUAUAAUCAAUGGUCACCCAACGAACCCAACAAUUCAUUAGGUAAUGAGUACUGUGGGACCAUAUUUAAAAACGAUGGCAAAUACAACGAUGUCGACUGCUCCGACUAUUACUCCUUUAUUUGCGAAAAGGAAGUAGACAAUUUAUAG